AUGGGUUCUCUCGCAAACGGCUCCAAGCCCGGUACCUUCCUCUUCACCUCCGAGUCUGUCGGUGAGGGCCACCCCGAUAAGAUUGCUGACCAGGUGUCCGAUGCCAUUCUCGAUGCCUGCCUGGCUGAGGAUCCCCUCUCCAAGGUCGCUUGUGAGACCGCUACCAAGACCGGUAUGAUCAUGGUCUUCGGUGAGAUUACCACCAAGGCCAACCUGGACUACCAGAAGAUCAUUCGUGGUGCCAUCAAGGACAUCGGUUACGAUGCCUCCGAGAAGGGCUUCGACUACAAGACUUGCAAUAUCCUCGUUGCCAUUGAGCAGCAGUCCCCUGAUAUUGCUCAGGGUCUCCACUAUGAGGAGGCUCUUGAGAAGCUCGGUGCCGGUGACCAGGGUAUCAUGUUCGGAUAUGCCACCGACGAGACCCCUGAGCUCCUCCCCCUCACCAUCCUUUUCUCCCACAAGCUCAACGCUGCCAUGAAGGCUGCCCGUAAUGACGGCUCCAUCCCCUGGUUGCUCCCCGAUACCAAGACUCAGGUUACCAUUGAGUACGCCCACGACAACGGUGCCGUCAAGCCCCUGCGCGUUGACACCGUUGUCAUCUCUGCCCAGCACUCUGACGAUGUCUCCACUGAGGAGCUCCGUGCUGUCCUCAAGGAGAAGAUUGUCAAGAAGGUCAUCCCCGCCAACCUGCUCGAUGACAAGACCAUCUACCACAUGCAGCCCUCUGGCCGCUUCGUCAUCGGUGGUCCCCAGGGUGACGCCGGUCUGACUGGCCGCAAGAUCAUCGUUGACACCUACGGUGGCUGGGGUGCUCACGGUGGUGGUGCUUUCUCCGGAAAGGACUACUCCAAGGUCGACCGCUCGGCCGCCUACGUUGCGCGCUGGAUCGCCAAGUCCCUGGUCAACGCCAAGCUGGCCCGCCGUGCUCUCGUCCAGCUGUCGUAUGCCAUCGGUGUUGCCGAGCCCCUCUCCAUGUUCGUCGAGACCUACGGUACUUCCUCCAAGACCUCCGACGAGCUGGUCCAGAUCAUCCGUGACAACUUCGAUCUCCGUCCCGGUGUGAUCGUCAAGGAUCUCGACCUGGCCAAGCCCAUUUACGCCCAGACUGCCAAGAACGGUCACUUCACCAACCAGGAGUUCAGCUGGGAGAAGCCUAAGACCCUUAAGUUCUAA